AUGGCCGCCGGCACAGGCCUCAACCUCAACAUCCCUCCUCCGACACCACUCUCACGGCCGACAUCCUCCUACUCAGCCUUCAACCUCCCCUCAUCAUCUUCCUCGGACACCGACCCCGAUGCGCCCCUGCCCUUCCCCACCGCCCUCGCGCGGCGGGACUUCCUGGCGCCCGAUUUUCACGCCCCGACGUACCUCUCCGGGCUCUUCCCCUCAGACGACUCCAGCACCCUCGCCCACCGCCACCAGACGCUCGAGGACCUGCGCUCGGAGCUGCGCGAGCGGAGCUCUGCCAUCAGCGCCGAGCUGCUGGAGCUGGUGAACGCAAACUACACCUCGUUUCUAGGGCUAGGCGACGAGCUCAAGGGCGGCGAGGAGCGCGUCGAGGAUGUGCGCGUGGCGCUCUUAGGCUUCCGGCGGCAGGUCGAGGAGAUCAAGAGCCGGGUCAGGGGGCGCCGAGACGAUGUGGGGAAGGUCAGCAGUGUGUUGGGGGGUGUGAGGGGGGACAUUGAGCUGGGCCGGAGGAUGCUGGAGCUCGACGAGCGGCUAACGCUGCUGGAAGGACGGUUGGCCAUCGGCAGCCUGCCGAACGGGUCACAGGAGGACGAAUGGGGCAUCGAGGAUAGCGAAGAAGAGGACGGUGCUGGAGACACAGACGACAAUUUUGUGGGCAGCAGUCCGGCGAAGCUCAACGGUUUAGCAAGGGAGUAUGGCGCAAUCGAGAAGCUUGCAGAGUCUCUCGGAAAGGACCUACCAUACGUCAAGAAGAUGGAUGAGAGGAUGACUCGGUGUCGUAACACCAUGCUGUUGGAUCUUGGCACAGCGAUGAAAGAGGCGCGCAAGGCGGGAGAAGCAGGUCACGACAGGGUUCUCAAGUUCAUGGCUACAUAUCGGCUGCUUGGCGCCCAUUCGGAGGGCGUGAAAAUCCUCAAGGAGAGCUGA